UGUACCUUCUGCCUGUCCUAUCUACAUGUACCUCUUGUCCUUGCUUACUAGCUCUACCACACCACACUUUAGACACUAGGUACACUCUCCCACGACAGCUCUCAGGUACCCUAACACAUUAUCCCCACCCACCAUCAUCACCAUCUCCUCCUCCUCCACUUACUUGCACCACAACCACAGCAUUAUCGCUUAAGCGCGCCGCGCCCUGUACUCACUUCGCGCCCUGUCCCAUCGCAGCAGCCACCUAGCCAGCCAGCCGCAUCUAACCUCCCACCUUCAACGUCCACUUCCACUCCCAUUCCACUUCAACCUCCUCCAUAUCCACCUCUCCACCUUCUCCAACUAAAAAAAACACUCUCCUCCAUUGUACACGACGCCAUCUGCGCAUAACCACACGUGAAGCUAUAUACUCCAGUCCACUCUUCGACUCCAACUUCGACUCCAACUCCACUACCCGCCGCGCGCAGGGCGCCAGCUCAUCUCAAGGCUGCGAAACCAUGUGCACCACCCCCACCGCUCUCUGACCUCCGCGCAUAAACCCCAAAGACGGAUCUAUAUACAGCCCGUCCCGCCGUCCACCUUCUUUCCCCUCCGCGAAGAAUGUCCUCCAGUGUCGCCUCAGGCGCAACCCCCUCGCCCUCCAUCGACCCGCGCCAGCUCGACGGCUCCUCGCCAGACUACCCUCACCAUGCCCCGGCCGCGCCCCUAGACGCCGCAUACCUCUCCUCCUACCAAUACCAGCACUACAGUAGCUCCUCGAGCCCCUCCGCUCUCACCCCAGGCAACCCCGUCUCCGAGAACAGCGGCUACAGCGAGUUCAGCGACUACGGCGCCGACGAGUUCUUCGGCGUCAACUUUGACGCAGACGGCCAAGAUCUCAUCAUUGGCUCAGACUCCCAGGGACCGUCGCCGCCGCAGACGACAGGACUGGGAUUCGACCCGCUCCUGGAUAACGAGGCCACGCCUGAUACACCCCCAGCUGUGACCGCGCCGCUGAUGACGCCCGACCCCACGAGGUCACGGAAAUCAUCGCCCAACUCCAAUCGACCACCCGCAGUGAAGACGUUUAUCCCCCGCGUCUCUGCGCCAGAAGACGGGCUGAACAGCGCAUCCUCGCCGUCCUCCUUCAACCUCUCCGUUAACACGGCGGAGCAACAGGCAACCCCUGAUAUGAGCGGCAACACGAGCCACACCAGCGCCGAGGGCGUCCCAAAUAGCAUGGGUGCCUUUGCUGGGCACAGUCCCCGUGUGACCCUGACCACGUGGAACAGCACCGAGGAGCGCGAGCUCUCUACUGACCCGGAGGAUCAGGGCACUACAGUCGGUGCUGCGAGCGAGCGGGGACUGCAGGGCUACUUCGCCCCGCGCGAUGCGGAGCACUCGAGCGCCUACAACAUCCAGAUCUCCGUCGCGAAGAGUUCGAAUGGGUCCUCGGUCGACGACGAUGAAGAUGAAGGGGGCGCGCGCAGGGGCUUCGAUCCGGUGCGCCGCAAGUCCUUCUCGGAUGCCGAGAUACCGAACUUCAAGGAUAGAGCGCGCAGCGAGGAGAUCGAGGCCAAGAGGCGCGAAGUAGAAGAGUGGCGGUCCCAGGCAGGCGACAGCUCGGAUGAGCAGGACGAUAGCCCGACGCGCCCGCCACUUUCUGGCCUUUCGGCCCCAGCGCCUAAUCGCGGGAGAUCCCUGAGCACGGGCGCAGUGCCACAUAGCCAGAACUCACCGCGUGGAUUUUCGUCGUGGGCACCGGAGCCGCCGCAUAUCCAGACCUCGGCCCUAGACGCCGAGGCAGAGGAGGACAAUAUCAGGCCCGUGUCGCCGACGGCGAGUAUCCGCGAGAACAGGUUACAGGAUGGGCAGACCUACUUUAAUAAGGGGGCGUCUAAUAUCACGGAUGAGGAUGUGAUACUGAUGCAGCAGUCGCGGCACUUUAGUGAUGCGGCAACUUUUCCGAAUAUCGUAAGCCCGUCGAUUGAAGGGAAGGGCACUUCGGCGAAGGAGAUGAUGGAGAAGUGGAACGCAGCUGCGGACUCGUUCUCCAUCAUCUCGCGCUCCGCGACGUGGGGCACGCGACGGCGUCGACUCAGUGCGCCGAGCGUCAAGGAGAUCGAGGCCAUCACGAGCGGAGGUUUACUGAAGCGGCUGUCCUUUGGCAAAGGGAACGAGAAGAAACCCGGUAUCCUUAGCACGAUAAACAACGCAUUCGGGAACGUCGUACGGAAGAAGAGCGUGGGUGAGCCCGGGAAGCUGAAGCGCAACCGGAAUAUCGACGCUGUCGACCGUGGCCGCCCUCCGUCGUCGCCACUAGGCAAGAAGGAGAAUAACACGACCAGUACGCUCGCGCCGCCUCGAUCGCCUAGUGGCACCAGGGUACGGCCGCAGUCGCCGCGCCUGACUACGAGUUUUGGGAGGGAGUUGACGCCUGGGGAUGGCGGCCAUAGCCGGCGCGCGUCAGUAGGAAGCACGAACUCGGUUGGCGGCUUCUUCACUGGCGUGGGCAAUGCCAUCCGACGCAGUAGGAGUAAGAGUGAGCUCAGCACCGAGGCUGGGCUGACGGGUAUAGCAGGCCAGUGGAUGAAGAUGGGCGGUCCGCCGGUGCCUACUCUCACCUCGCCACCUAUUGAUGCCGAUGAGGAGUAUGGGUUAAUUGACGACCAGCCGAUGCAUGAUGUGAGCGAUAUGGAUUUGGAUGCUGAUGAUGAUGAUGAUGAUGACCUUGCCGACGAUGGCGACUUGCAAUUUGACCUUGAUACCCCUAUUGUAGCUACGAUGGACGGCUUUCGCGACCAUGUGCGCAAACUCAACCCGAUGAUGGAGCCAGGAUACCUUGUGGACCGCCUCGCACACCAGCAGAUGGUGCGGUAUAAGUGCCUGCUUGGAUGGCGCAUCAAGCACCAAGGCGCUAUCAGCGACCGUGCCUGCAAUGCUCAAGAAUUCUGCCUGUCUAUGGGCGGCGCGACCAAGUACUACGAGGCCAAGGCGAAGGGCCGCGCGGGAGCCAACAAGGCCCUACCUAUCGACGGCGACGGGUCAGACUCGAACCCCGAGAAUGCGCUCGGCGCGGAGAGCUUCCCUGACGGGGUGCCGAAACCGCCCGCCCUCUCGCUCCCGGCCGAGUUCGAGUGCCAGCUCUGCUUCAAGGUGAAGAAGUUCCUGAAGCCAUCGGAUUGGACGAAGCACGUCCACGAAGACGUGCAGCCCUUCACGUGCACAUAUCCCUCAUGCCGCGAGCCUAAGUCGUUUAAGCGCAAGGCGGACUGGGUGAGGCACGAGAACGAGCGGCAUCGACACCUGGAGUGGUGGACGUGCCAGAUCGAAGACUGCAGCCACAAGUGCUACCGCAAAGACAACUUCCUGCAACAUCUCGUGCGCGAGCACAAGCUCCCCGAGCCAAAGACCAAGUCCAAGGCUGCCAUCCGGCGCGCUACCGGCGUCGAAGAGGAAGUCUGGGCGCGAGUCGCAGAGUGCCACCACGAGACCCUCGUGCGGCCCGUCGACGAACCGUGUAAAUUCUGCGGCAAGGCGUUUGCGAGCUGGAAGAAACUCACCGUGCAUCUGGGGAAGCACAUGGAGCAGCUAUCCCUACCCGUGCUGCGCCUCGUCGACCAGAGAACCGUAGACGCCAACACUAUCAUCUCCCCCGUCGAGGCGCUGCCGGUGCGCAACCACCACCCUCUCACGCCUACGGGUCCGCAAUCCGGUGGGCCGGGGGGGAAUAACCUCUACCACGGCCAGGGCAUCUCGCCGCCUUUCGCGCACUUCCCGCCUGGUAUGGCUGGGUUCCCGCAGAACGGCGUGCGGGGGAUUCCUGAUUACGGCGGUGAGGGGAUGUAUCCCAACCCCCAGGCGCAGAAUAUGGCGUAUGCCGGCGCCAAUGGGGGAGGGUAUGCAUAUGGCGAUAACGCGGGGAUGCAGGCACAUCACCAUAUGCAGCAGCAGCAUAUGCAGCAACAACAGCAACAGCAGGCUGACCUCCUCCGCUCAGCGACCACGUAUAAUGGCCUCACACCCCUUGAACACACGCCCCUAGUCGACCAAUCCGGAUUCCCGUCGUAUAGCCCACACUCCGUCACCCCAGGGGGUGGGUACGCGUACACCUCCGCAUCGGAUAUCUCGCCCACUCCUGCUGCGUACCCGCCCGGGACGGGGGGCCAGGGGUUUGGGUUCGUUCAGCAGCAGCAGCAGCAUUUAACGCCUGAACCGUAUAUGCCUGCGGAGUAUGGUGGGGGAGCGGGGAUGGGUGAUAGUUUUGGCCUCGGUGUUGGUGUGACGGGGGGUGGGUACGGGGGGAUGUCGCACCACGGCCUCCCCUUCUCUGCAGGGGGGCAGCAGAUGAAGGUUGAGCAGACGAGCCCGUUUAGUGGUGCUUCUUCGUCGACGACGUCGCGCGGGUUUAAUGGCGGGGGCGGUGGUGGAUUAGGGGUUGAAGGGCUAGGCGUGGCGGGGAUGGGGAUGGUGAGGGAUCGGAGCGGGAGUGGCGGGAGGCAGAUGGCGCAGCAGGGGGGGUUGCAGUUGCAGAUGCAGGGUUUGGUGCCAGGACAGCAAGGGGGACAGGGGGGGACGAGUCCGUAUAGUGCGGGGAGUUCGGCGGGGGGGAUGGGGCAUCAGGGGGUCCAGGGGCAGGGACAGUUUGGGGGUGUGAUGGGAGGACAGAUGCAGGGCCAGCAGAUGGGACAGUUGGGCCACCAGGGGGGGUAUGCGGAUGAGUAUUAUGGGGGGAUGUAGAUGUGAUGGCUGCUAGUUGUCGCUCUUGAAGACUUUCUCUGUUGGGGUUUAAUUUUUUGGAUUGCGAUUUUGGCGGGUGGUUGAUACACUUUUUUUUUUUGGAAAUAUUUAGGGGGGUGUAGGAAGGGGUUUCGGCGCCUUCGUCAUUUUUUUUAUAUUUUUUCUCGAUUUUAUUGGCGCGCGGUGGUGGGAG